AAGGGUUUGUCUAGGCGAACCAAUCAGGUCCCUCCCCUGCCAUAGAUCGGUGCUAUAAUACAUAGCAGUAAACGCGGUCUGCUCGCACAAGCCGCUCUAGCUCGACUACGCAGAGAUUCCGUGGUUAAUUUUCUCACUUUUUACCCACGCAGCAACGUCUCUCCUUCGAUGUGUUCCGUUAUCAUUUUGCAGAGGCGUUCAUUUACGCACCUGCCACGGUAGUGAUCGGGGGGCACGGUAGCCUACAGACGAACUAGAGGAGGAGACAAGGACAUUGUGGAAGCAGCUGCGCGAGAGGGAGGGGAGAUAUAGAAACAAACGGCCGCCGGUUGAUAACACACUGAGGCUCCGAGUAAUUUAGAUUUUAUGGACGAAAUGCUGCUGUUGACAAGAAUCGUUCUGUUCGGGUUGAUCUGCUUGUCCUUGGUGUCCUCUGGGAUGGGCUGUGGACCGGGCAGGGGCUACGGGAGGAGAAGACAUCCGAAGAAGCUGACACCUCUAGCGUACAAACAGUUCAUCCCAAACGUCGCGGAGAAGACCCUAGGGGCCAGUGGCAGAUAUGAAGGCAAGAUCACACGGAACUCCGAGCGAUUUAAAGAACUGACUCCCAAUUACAAUACUGACAUUAUCUUUAAGGAUGAAGAGAACACCGGUGCGGACCGGCUCAUGACUCAGGUAAAAUGAAUAGCCUACCUUUUUAAUGCCGCGCAUCUUUUAGGACACUGUGUAACAUAACCUUUCACAUUGGAUGCAGAUUGCGCACCACAAACAAAUGCAUAUUUACGUCUCAAGUCUGUUUUUAUUUUUAAGUAGAUGUGUGAAAAGGUUCCGUUUCAAUCUCAGAGCAUUGCACUUUUGAUUAGGUCCUGCAUGGGUAAGGCUUUCAUAAUAAAAUCAGAGACAUGACAUAGGCCUACUGGCAGACCAGUAGGACACUCGGCCUUCACGAUUGUGGCAGUUUAUUUGAAAUAUUUAUGUGGUCCUCUCCUCAUAUCUAUAUUUGUAUCAAGGCCUUGUGGAGACGCACAUCGGUUGUCUAUGCAAUACUAUAGCAUUAGGAUAUUCCGCUAUUGCACCGUUAAGAUUUAGAUUACAUCUUGUUUUAAAUCUUUAAUUUCAGUCAUCUGAUCUGACCUAUGACUAAAACAGCGGCCUUAUUUAUGCAUGGUUGGCGCAUUCAGACAUUUUCUUGCAUACUGUUAUUCAGCCUUUCGCAGUAUAGUGUUUAUCGGCGCAUGAAGACAUUGACAUUUCUUUGAGAAUGUUCUGAACACUAUCACUACUUCAUAAAUGGGUGGGACGCGGCCAAUUAGUGCAAUGAUAUAGCAAGACGCACCGACUGCGCCUCCGGUAAUGCAUUUGCUUUGGAAAGACUGCAUUAGUGGCAAACAAGCAUUGUAGUUUCUGUGAAUCAGAUUUCCCUCAGUCGAAUGCUAGUCUGUGAUUUCGUUAUACGAUUCUGGGUGGCUAUCUUGCAUGCAUUGUCCAUAAAAAUAUGGGUCAGAAAUGCAGUCUGGAGAGCAUGUCUCUCUCACCCAUGAGGUUACUUGAUUUCCAGCUGCUGUAGCCUAUAUUGGGUGUCUGUUGCACGUAUUUUGCAAUUGCUGUGUUGCUAUUUUAAUAAGAACGUCUAUUAGUUCAGUCCGGCCACCUUAAAAUGCCACUGAACCUGAAGUAGUGUGAUGAUGGAGGCGCGCGCGCCGGACUCCCUGAACCGUAUACCGCGACAUGGGCACGAGCUUAGAUUAAAUAUUCACCCUGCCCUGCGUGCAGUCUCAACAUAUCUCUUAAAUGCUCCCUUCCCUUCCUCCAAUAUAGCCUAUUCGUUAUCACACUUCAAAUGGAGGCUAGAGUGAGAUAUAUAACCUUCUAUUCUGUCUAUAGCCCUCGGCCACUGCCAGUUAAAGCUGUGGUUGAACAGAGAAUUGUGCCAAAGACUCCGCUUUUUGACACACUGUGCGCUUUCAUCUCCAUUUACCGUCCUUUAUUGGUCUGAAAGUAGAGGAUGUAUGUUGAUUUUAUUAUGUUAUCACUGCAUAAAAAAAUUCGCCAAACCAUUUCCAAAAACAACAACAAAUUAAUGGCAUUGUGAGUGACAAAAUAAGCUCACUGUUUUAUGCUUUGUGCUAGGCUAUAAUUCGUAGAAAGGUGAAAUAUUUAAAAUAUGACAUAUUUGCUAUAGAUAUUGACCAGGCAAGGCAAAAGGAGGCUCAUAGAUAAACAUCCCCGUGGGAAUAUGCCCCCUCCCUCCCUCCAUUCAUUUAACACGACCUGCCAUCCAGUCUACAUUAUGCGGGAGUAUUUGAAUUUAUGACCUUUGGUCAAUGAGAAGAGGAAGCAUAAACAAAGUUCAACAGACAAUACAUGUAUUAAGUAUGGAGUACUUACAGUAUUUGCUGUUUAGUGGCGUACUGCGUAGCCCUAUUGACGAGAUGCACCUGCAACCACAUCACGAGUUAGAGAUAGACUGUUACAGCCUACAAACUUAAUAUCUGAAUAAUAUGAAGAACUAAUGGUUAGCAUCUAGAAUAUGUUUGCCAUCUUCUAUAUUGUAUGAUUGUUGUGCGUAAUGGUCAAUCCAGUGGGCUGUGGUGGGGACGGCGCUGACUCACUGUGGGUGCGCAGGUGCACUGAAAGUUGUAAACUAUGGGAUGGAUUCCUAGCUGGAAUAGAGCUCAGUCUCACAAUUGUUUAAACAAAGUGUAAUUUCAACGGAGAUUAAACGUCUGUCUGUUGUGGUUUCCUAUGUAAAUCAAACUCCAUUUAAAGUGAUGAUGACUAUAAAAGCGUGAUGCCCCCUGGCUGCACCAACUCAUUUUGAGUGAGCGAGUUAACCAAGCAGCCCCCUCAACUACAAAGACAGUUCGUUUCGAGGAAAGUUAACGAGGUCAUAGCUUUACAGACAUUUUUAGCGCGCAGCCCAGACGUUUCUGUCGCGAAUAAAAACAUCACAUGGUCGUCUGUAGCGAGCACAGCUUAAUGGAAACUGAAUAUGGCCACUCAAACGACGCGAAAUUGAGACGGACCAGCGGGUUGUUUGCACUGACAGGUACCUGAUAAGUGUUUCCUCUAACCAAUUCAUUUGUGAGAAGAUUAAGGGGCAGACUGCGGGCGAGGCUUGUUGAAAAACUUUCAGUCUGAGGACAAAGCGCCGGCGGAGGGAUCCUGCUGGGCUUCACGGUGGUUGAACAGAAUUUGGCUGGAUUUGCGGCACACGACCCAAUGAAUUAAUAAAUAGUUUAGGCUUCACGGCUCUUGGCUCCAGCAAUCCUACUCAGAAUGUGCAGGAAAAGGUUUUGGCAUGGCCACUUUGCAUUUUUUACCCACUGCAUGCUACAAGUGCGAGUAUAUUGUUGGUUUGUUUUGAGGUAUCGCAGGAAAGACAGGUUAGGCUAAUUGCGAUAUGAGGUAGGCUAACCGUAUGACCAGCAUUGGGGAUCCUUACCAACAAACGGAAGAGGAUGGAGAGUGGCCCAUGCGUUAGGGAUGUGUGUGUGUGGUGGGGGGGGUGGGCCUUUAGGGAAGAAAACCAAAACACCUCCAGUUGAGUAGUCCUGUCACGUCCCAAGAACUUGCGCGACAAGAAUAAUGAAACUUUCCCUCUGGUUGCGGUGAAAAGACUCUUUGUAAUGUUUUAUUUGACAUAUUGGUUAAGUGUAGAGAAGAGUUGUCUUGGAGAAGGCCAAGCAUCUCCACUAAGGGUCCUUAUAUAGGUUAGGAAGUGCAACAUUCCAAUUAUAAGACAACUAUUUUAUAACUCAGUUAUUCCUUUAGAUUAUCCUCAAUAUCAAUUAUUUAUUAAAAGAAAACACACGUCUUACUCUUGGUUUCAAUAUAGUUAUAUAUUUUUUCAAUUUUUUCAAAUAUAUAAUUAAUUCCGGCAUUUUCUUUUAUUGGACAGAGUCUAUCACGUUAUAGCAUCUUGAGAGAGAGUACAAAUAGGCCAUUGAGCGGUCGCACUUUUCCAAGGACCAAAUCUAUAUGUUUUAGGCCAGUGAAGCGAAUGCAAUGGCUUAUCAAUUUUUAAUCACAAGCUUCUCUAUCUGACAUGUUCCCUCAGACGCUGCUCGUCACACAGAAUAUUCGAGUUUAUUCAAACAAACCAUUCACAUUGUUGUGUGUAGGCAUAUAUCCCAUAACAUCACUCUCUAGAACAAUAGAUGGGAGGAUAUUGAUUGAAUCUCAAUUAAUCUUUAGUGUGGAAUAUCGGAGAUAUUCAGGUUCACCAGAUGUAAUGGAAUGUGAAAUGUUAACUAUUUGAGUGAUUUGUAUUUUGUAAUCCAUAAACCUGUAGGGUGGUGUGUGUGUGUGUGGUGUGUACCUUGUUUCAGAUCAUAAAUCCUGGUCUCUGGUCCACAAAGUGCACAUAUGAAGACGAACUAUAUAAUGUCAACUCUAUAGGAUCAUUGUUUUGGCCUCCAACCAUGCAUCUACAAAAUCACAUACCUUCAGGCGUGUGAAUUAAGUUUAAGAUUAAGAGCCAAUAAUGAAUAUACACUGUCUGGAACAUAACACUUAAUAUCAUAUAUCAAAUAUGAGCCUAAUGUAGGCUUAAUACCCAGGCCUGAUAUAUCCUACAUGAAGGAAUUGGCAUCUGGUGAGCAUGAUUAGUGAAUUUGAUAUAUCUAAAUAGAUGACUAACUGUUCCAUUUUCCUUCCCCCAGAGAUGUAAAGACAAGCUGAACUCCCUGGCUAUCUCUGUCAUGAACCAGUGGCCAGGGGUAAAGCUCCGCGUCACCGAGGGCUGGGACGAGGAUGGGCACCAUUUCGAAGAGUCGCUACACUACGAGGGAAGGGCAGUGGAUAUCACGACCUCCGAUAGAGACAAGAGCAAAUACGGCACGCUGUCAAGACUAGCAGUGGAGGCUGGGUUCGACUGGGUCUACUACGAGUCCAAGGCCCACAUCCACUGUUCCGUCAAAGCAGGUAGGGUGUCAAGUCAAAAAGCUGUUGGUCGCCAUCACUGACAUCAAAAACGAAUGUGAAUGGGAAAGAUACAAUAUCUUGGAAAACGUGAUAAUAACCUUUCCCCCCUUUUAUUGAUGAUGCAACUUUUAUUUUAUUAAUUUUUUACAAAGUACGCUACUCGAGCUAGAUAAUUAAUUAACAUAUUAUUGGGAUGAAAUAAACAACGUUUCUAGGAUAUUAUAUGAUUCUAUCUCGUUAGCCAACCCCCUUCUAGUUCAGAGUUCUACACAAUGUGUCCUCUCGCUAUUCUCUUGUUAUUCACACUCGUUAUACCGUGAUCUUUUACCCUUUCAUAUCCAUAUUUAAUAUAUAUCUAUAUAUAUGUAUUUCAUAGUAGCUGUGUUAUUUAUAUGGGUAUUUGCUGCCUGUUCAUGUUUAAUGCAUAUCAGACUAUUUCAUGAUCUUAUAUCGCCCCACACUGUCUCUUCGAUGGAACCACGACCUUUUAUUACACAAAACCUAUUCCCACACUCAUAAAAUGCCAUUGCCUAUAUGGAAAAAAGUUCCUGUACGCUAACUGAUAGGCUAUGGAAUUCAAAAUCACUGCACAUCAAGAGAAGGCUAUUUGAUUUGUAUUAUUUGGCGAUCGAAAUAAUCUAUUCUAGGCCUAUGUUUGCAUCAGUGUUGGCCGUCCAAAAUGUGUAGCCUAAUUGAUUUUACCAAAGUAGGUCUACUUUAGACAAAUCUUUUGGGUUAAAAUCAUCUCUUGAUUUUCCCAAAAACCUUAUGGAAAUCAACGUAGGCCUAUUCUUCCAGUGGAUCACAUUUUCGUUUUGAAUUUAAUGGCAAAUCUUAUAUUUAAAAUUCAACACACACACGUGUUGAGAUCAUAUAGUCCGUGUCAUUAGGGGUCAUGUGACUUUACUAAAGAGAUUUGGACUUAGCAAUGUUUAAUUCGUUUGGGGCAAAUCCGGUUUUCAAUUGUCACCUUAUUUCAUGCCCCGGAAUCUUAAAAGAUUAGAUGCAGAAAUUCAGAGCGGGACGGUUCUAUUCUGUGGCUGUGUGUGUUUACUGACUGUGAUCCUGGAGAUCGGAAUGUGAAGAGUUCUCCCAAGACCCGAAUUAUUGUCACCAAGAUUGACAACAAAGCGGGGGAGAAGUGGUAAAAAGAAGGGACAUUGAUGUUGGUCGACUGCAAGCAUUUAGAGUCUGGGCCCUCAUUUAAAUUCAAAUCUACAUCUUGAGAGGCUUGGAAAAGUGGCUCCACUGGGUAAAUAGUGUUUGCGGCGCUCUUGUUUUUUUUUUCUGAGUAGGCUAUGUGUGUGAAUUGUCACAUAGAGGUUUCUGCACCUGAACAAAUAUGGGAAGAGUAGCUGGGAAAGGCGUAAAUGUUCUUUUCCAAGAGUGGCUCUGUCCACAAGCUGAUUUAGAAUGACAAUGUCCGCUCUUUAUUGGUUUUUAAUUAACGUUAGAGGAGCCAGGGCUUUCGGUUUUCUCAUCUCACACAAUGAGAAGCAGCCAAUACGGCUUUUUGUGAAGGAGUUCCACAUUCACAUUAUGCCAAAUGAAAGCAUAUGGCACCAUGUUUUAUAUGCGGGAAAAUACAAUGCAACCUCUGAUGUUGAGUUAAAAUUCGUUUUAAUGAGAGAUAUGGACCAAUUCGCCUAAAAUCACAAUGUUCAUUCCUCUUUAAAACGUGUGGAUAUAGCCAAUAGACUUAUAUGUGACAGUGGUUCAUUCAUAGGCCUAUAGGCUGCACAUGUUCCAAAGUGCUGAGCCCAAAACUUGUCCUGCUUUCACUGAGAGAUCAAAUAGCCUAUAUGGAUAUACUGUAUAUUCACAAUCAUAUUUACAAUCACUAAUACAAUCUUCUAUUUCAACAGAAAACUCAGUUGCUGCCAAAUCAGGAGGCUGUUUCCCAGGCACCGCUUCCGUGACUCUCAAAGAUGGAAGCAGGAAGGCAGUGAAAGACCUCAGAGUUGGCGACAAAGUGCUGGCUGCCAACAGUGAUGGGGACCUCGCAUACAGUGACUUCAUCAUGUUCAUGGACCAGGACUCGUCAACUAGACGAGUGUUUUAUGUGAUAGAGACUAAAGAAACGACCCAGAAAAUCACCCUUACUGCUGCACAUCUCCUCUUUGUGGUCAACAACUCAACGGAUGAUCUCCACAGCAUGUCAGCAGUAUUUGCGAGCAAAGUCAAACCUGGACAAAAGGUGGUUGUCUUUGAUGAUUUGCAUAACCAACUGAAGUCGGUCACCGUGGGACGGAUUUACAUGGAGGAGCACGAGGGGUCCUUUGCGCCAAUGACGGUUCAAGGAACCAUCGUCGUAGAUCAGGUGCUUGUGUCAUGUUACGCUGUAAUUGAAGACCACAAUCUAGCGCACUGGGCGUUUGCACCUGUCAGACUGAGCUACUGGCUGUCCUCCUUGCUAUCCCUGAAAGACUACUCCAUGCCCAACGCCACCUUACAUGAGGAUGGAGUGCACUGGUACUCCAAGAUUCUAUAUCAAUUAGGAACGUGGCUCUUGGAUAGCCACGCGCUUCACCCACUGGGGAUGUCAAUAAACUCAAGUUGAAGCAAAGCAAAAUAAGACUAAUCUAGGACAAUAAACAAUAGUAGAAUGAAAAAUACAAAGGCCCCAGCGAUGUUGGGAUAUUUAUUUCAGUGACUUUUACAUGUGUGUCCCUUUUAAAGAAUGAAUGGAGCCUUAAAAGUUUUCUUUGAAUAAUUUAUUCUCAUGUGAACUGGCUGGUAUCACACGGAUGGAUCCUAAAACGGUGUGACCAGCAAAUUGUGCAGAAUCUAUUUUUGUAUAUCUCCAAGUUAACCGCAAAGAAAAAUAAGAUUAUGUAAAAAGGAGCAAACUUCUUGUUCUGUGCAUAUUAUGUGCAACUGACUGUUAUAUUUUGGGGAUAAACAAACUUCGUGGGGUCCAUAAAUUAUAUUUUUAUACACAGAAUUGUACAUUUGAUUUUGACAGAUCGUUACCGAAUCACAUUUCGUUAUUUGAAAUAGUGUAAGAUACGAGAAUAUAUUUUAAUUUAAAUAGUUGGGAAAAGUCUUGGAAAUCUUGUACUGUUUUGUUUAUUAAGAAUUCUAUUAUUUUGGAAA